GUGAACACUCGUGGCUCGAUAUGGGCCCAGGCCUUAUUCAAUACAACGCUGGCCUCGGAUAGACGCGGAUGUCAGACUUCUCUGUGUGAACUUGCAUGAGGAAUACUUCCCAAGUUGGUGUGGAUUAACUUUACGUUAAAGUGUUACUAAAGGAGCCCUUGAGCUGUGUGUGUGACACGGAUGUAUUCGAUCAUGGCGUCAAGUUGUGAGGCAACGUUGUUACUUACACUGGCUCUUUUACCGGGUAUGGCAGUUGAGGUGAAGACAUUCCUUGGUUUAUUCGUCCGUAUGCCCCUACUCAAGUUGUCGGAUCAACCGUCCCGUGUGUACACCAACUGCACCGUAGAGGCAUGUGCCCGCUACUGCACACAAGAAACUCGCUUUGACUGCCAGUCGUUUGACGUGGAUAACUCACUGAUGAGGUGCAUGCUGCAUAACGUCAGUCACGAGAAAGGCGUGUUGCAGGUAGCACACGUCACAGAUCACUACAGAAGUGCCUUUGAAAAACUCUUUAAUCGCCUACCAAACCACGUAGUUACAUUACGUCAUAAUCGUAAAGUAUCGCGCGUCAGCGUGGAGGAGUGUUCACGAAGGUGUGUUUUUGAAGUUGGAUUUAAGUGUGAAGGUUUUGACUAUGAGCCUGAGCUCAGGAGUUGUUGGCUGACAGAAGACACCCCGGAGACGGCAGGCGGAGUGAGGAGUCACAAGGGAGCAGACUAUUACAGGAGAUCCCCGGAAGGCCCACUGAGCAAGUUUGUGUGUUACGGAAGUGGAUCGUUGCCAUCGCUGGAAGGACAUCAAAUAUAUAAUCGGGUUAUGCUUGGAGUGACUCUGGAUGCCUGUGCACAGCUGUGUACAUCUGAGCAAACGUUUGAGUGUUGUAGUUUUGACUACUACUUCGUGGAGAAGGCUUGUCACAUGAGCCAAUAUAUUGCUGCCAAUGUGAACGGUUUGACCCGGGAUCACAUAGAUCACAACGCCGUCAUGCACUACGAGAAGAAAGCCCCCUACCUCGAUUACUUCUACCCUACUCCAUAUGCUGUUGUCUUGGGCAAUAACGAGCGGACCUUCGAGCGAGUGACGCCCAACAGAUGUGCACGCAGCUGUCUCGAAGAGACCAAGUUUGUCUGUCGUUCCUUCGAUUAUCAGAUACAAGAUGCCUCCUGUAUGCUGAGUUCCAAGACCGGAAGUGACGUAGGAGGCCUAUACGAUCAAGGAUCUGCCCAAGUUCAUCAUUUCGAAAUGAAGCCAUUUCUAGACUGUGGCGGUGUGAUGACUACUGCAACUGGUAAUUUCGCUAGCCCGAACUGGCCCCGGAAAUAUGCACACCAUCUGAACUGUUCCUGGCACGUCAGUGUACCUCAACACAAGAUAGUCCACUUUACUUUCACUCACUUAGUCCUGGGACGCAAGACGCACAACCCGUGUGAUGAUGUCAAUGAUAAGCUGAUGGUUAUGGAGAUGACGUCACAUGGGCCAGUGCGGUUCUGUGCAGAUCAGAAUAUUGGUUCCUACGUGAGUCAGUCCAACAACAUAACCAUUCAGCUGGUCACCAAUGGUCAGCACGAUGCACAGGGAUUCAGAGUGUUCUAUGAAACAGACUGGCCCUGCCACGCCCUGCUGACAACGGACUUCGGUGAGUUUGCCUCCCCAGGGUGGCCCCAACAAUAUGCGGCCGACCAGACAUGUGUGUGGACUAUUACAGCGCCCCCUGACGCCAGGGUGUUUCUACACUUCACAAACAUAGACUUCCCCAAAUAUGGCUUAGGGCGAUGUAAUGAACACUACGACAGCGUGGAAGUGUACGACGGAGAAUCGCCCGCUGCCGCUCGCCUUACCAUCCUGUGUGGAUCCGAGGCCCCCUCCUCCAUCACAUCCCGCUACAACACAUUACUGGUCAAGUUCCAUUCGGACUCUUCGAAGGAAAGAACCGGAUUCCAUGCAACCUAUAAAUUCCUGUACAAAGUGACCAGUUCCCCCAGUAUAGUGACCACAACCUCAGUUCGGCUUGGGGUGAAGGUGCAGCAGGAACGCCCACAACACAACGACACCUCUCUUCAGAGUGCACUUACCGCGGACUUUCUGGAACCAACGUAUGACUUCUCCAACAGUGAGCAUGGUUUGGCCAGUCCUGCAGAUAUAACCACCACACGUGAUAUGCAGAGACGUGAAGGUGAGAACGGUGGAGUUCUGGUAGGCGUGAUGGAUGACGAGACUCCAGAUCAAGACAAGAAGUACCUGUACAUCAUGUGGACGCUCGUCACCUCGCUCUUUGUCAUGCUUAUCAUCGUCAUCAUCGUCCUCGUGGUUGUCUGCAGAUAUUACAAGCGAAGACUGCCAAAGCGCCGCAAUGUCCCUAACUAUGCCUUCACCGAGGUGAACCUCUCUCUGUAUGAGAAAGACAACAUGCUGAACGCCCAGUGUGAAGACAGUGAGACACAAGAGAGUCCGGCUUGUGGCAGUGAAUUCAACUCAGAGGAAGUCUCGUUCUACAACCCGCUGUAUGAACAGAGGUUUCCUAAAACCGUAGACAGUGAUGACGGCAACCCGUGCUAACACUGCUCCACAUGAGAACUACUGAUGUGUUGGUGCUGAUAUCUUCCCUGCCACGUCUACCUGCAUCAGUGUUGCCAGGUGUCCGAACCCAAUUAUGCUUACUGGAAACAUCACAGAGUGAGACAUUUCUGUCGAUCCGGGGUAACAAGAUGAACGUGGUGGUUCCAGAGACAGCAGGGAGUACAGUGAUUUCACUACACUAUGCCAAAGCACACACUUAUCAUCUCUGGCGCCAGAUAAAUAUUUUAACAACUUCAGCCAUUUUCAAUUACGGGAUCUGUUUGCGUAAAUGAAAUCUCAAUUCGCACAGCGAGACUGUAGAAAGGUGGGAUAUCGAGUGUAACAUAAAUUCGUGACAUUUCCGUGUAUAGAUGGUUAGUAGACUUCUGGCAUUUACUAAGGAGGUGUCAGUGCAUUGUACUGUCCAUACAGGAUGCAAGUAUGUUACGAUAACAGGGCAUGUUACAGACAUUAGCAAGCAUUCGACAUGUGUCGACAUUCCAGUGCAUGUUACAGUUUGUAUCAAGAGAGUGUCGUUGCUAGUGCAUGUUACAGACUUUAUCAAGCCAGUGUCGAGAUGACAGUGGUUGUUACAGAUUUUAUCAAGCAAGCGUGUCGACAUUGCAGUACAUGUUACAGAUUGUAUCAAGCCAGUGUCGAGAUGACAGUGGUUGUUACAGAUUUUAUCAAGCAAGUGUGUCGACAUUGCAGUACAUGUUACAGAUUGUAUCAAGCCAGUGUCGAGAUACCAGUGCUUGUUACAGAUUUUAUCAAGCAAGUGUCGACAUUGCAGUACAUGUUACAGAUUGUAUCAAGCCAGUGUCGAGAUACCAGUGCAAGUUACAGAUUUUAUCAAGCAAGUGUGUCGACAUUCCAGUACAUGUUACAGAUUGUAUCAAGCCAGUGUCGAGAUACUAGUGAUUAUUACAGAUUUUAUCAAGCAAGUGUGUCGACAUUGCAGUACAUGUUACAGAUUGUAUCAAGCCAGUGUCGAGAUACCAGCACAUGUUAGGGAUUUUACCAUGCACAUCUCCAGAUACGGAGUGGAAACUUUCUUUUAUAGAAAGUAUACGCAAUAGUGGAAUUCGUCGGUGCAUACACAGUUAUUACUUCCCGUGGGACGUUAUACAGAAAGGUACUAUUCUUUGGAUAACAUGCGCCAUUGUGUCAUUCAUGUGAGAUCUGUAAAUAGAACAUUACUCUAACGUGUUGUAAAGCUGAAUCAGUCAUUUGUGAGAUGUAUGUUACUGCACGUGUAAUGUGAACCAUACUGUUUUCACCAUUCGUUCACAUGCGUUCGACUGUUCUAUCAAAGAGAGACUAUUUAUGUUCCUGUAUAUUUUCUUAUCUUACAUAGUUGGAUUUGAUGUAACCGAAUAUACGUUAUUCGUUCGUUGAAAAUAUUCUAAGCAGUCCUGUGUCAUGCUGAAAUAGUAUCUCACUGAGGCUGCUCCGAUAACGAUGGUCCCCACAACACAGGUGAUUGUGUUAAGGUUAAGGUUCCAGGUUUAGUGUGGAAAAUGCACAACAUAUUUGUUAGCUCCAGGCCCCUGACUGGAUAGGUUGCCGGCAGUGGAGAAGCACCCUUGGCCUUCGCGACUCCGUUAAAAGCAUCACAGCCGUAAUUGCCAGACGCUACCCCCGGUCCUGUGUGAGCUGUGAGAUCAAUUCAGUGGAAGACAGGAGUAUCGUGUGCGACACUCAUAUCCGAUGCUUCACCAGGGCAGCUAGAUGCAGUCUGUUGUAUCACUCUACUCUGUUGAAAGUGAUCGCAACAAGUCCAUGAGUAAAUUCUCAGUCAAUGGACAGUGUGCGAAAUCAUUUCCAAAUGUUGCUAGCUAGUCGGUCUAACUAUGCCUGAAAGUUACUAGGCCACAAAAUAAUUCACUAGCCCGAAAUUUGAAUGUAGAAACUAAGGAA